AUAAGAAGAAGCAAAGGAAAAAAUCAUCAGUUAUUUGGCAAGAAAUGACAGUGGUGAAACUUGAGAAUGGGGAAGAAAAAGUGCAAUGCAAUCAUUGCAACUUUAAAUUGAAAAAGCAAAAGGAUGGCACGACCACACAAUAUAAAAGACAUUUAGACAGUUGCAUAAAACGCAGAAUCAAUCUUUCAGGGCAAAGGAACAUUUGUGUGGUUCCAUCGACACAAAAAUCAGAGAGUGUCAGUGGUGUUCAGAGUUGGAAGUAUGAUCAAGCAAGGAUGAGGGAGGUUAUAUCUCACAUGAUUAUGGUUCAUGAAUUGCCAUUUUCGUUUGUUGAGUAUGAACUCUUCAACAUAGUCAUGCAAUCUGCAAGUCCAUAUUAUGAGCGGAUUGGUCGAACAGCAACCACAAAAGAUUGUUGGUCAACUUAUGAGCUAGAAAAGAAACGAGUACAAGGAUUGUUGAAUUCAGUUGACAAAAUUAGUAUCACAACUGACAUAUGGACAUCAAAUCAGAACAUUCAAUACAUGGUGAUAACUUCUCAUUUUGUGGACAUGGACAGUAAGUUGCAGAAAAGAGUUCUAAACUUUGUUGAAGUGCUUCCCCCGCAUACCGGUACAUGUGUUUGUGAUGCAAUAUACAAAUGUUUGCAAGGAUGGGGUAUUGAAGAGAAAGUGUGGACAAUCACAGUGGAUAAUGCUUCUUAUAAUGAUUCAGCUGUGAGGUUGUUGCAUGACUCUCUUUCUUUUCAUACAACUUUGCCACUAGAAGGUAAGUUGUUUCAUGUUCGUUGUUGUGCACACAUAUUGAACAUUCUUGUGCAAGAUGGCCUUUCUGAGAUUAAGUCUUAUCAUUGAAAAUGUCAGAGAUAGUGUCAAGUAUAUUAGUGCUUCACCUCAACGGUUGCAUAGUUUUAAUGAGAUUUGCAAACAGCUCCAAGUGCCUAACAAGAAGUUGAUUUUAGAUUGUUGCACUAGGUGGAAUGCAACAUUUGCUAUGUUAUCUUGUGCUUUGGAUUUCAAGCAAGUAUUUCCUCGGUAUCAACUUCGAGAUCCAAAUUACAAAUGCUUGCCUUCUGAGGAUGAUUGGCAAAGGGUUGAAGAGAUUUGCUCUUUACUGGUGCAUUUCAAUGAAGUUACUAAAAUUAUCUCAGGUUCUGAAUAUCCAACAGCAAAUUUGUUUCUUCCUGAACUAUAUAACAUCAAAGAAAUUCUCGGUCAAAAGUCUGAAAGUGUAGAACCUUGGAUGAAAAACAUGGCCCAAAGGAUGCAUCAUAAGUUUGACAAAUAUUGGGGUAGUAGCAAUCUAUUACUUUCUAUUGCUGCCGUUUUAGAUCCUAGAAAUAAGAUGACAUUUAUCCAAUUUGCUUUUCCAGUCAUUUAUUCUGAAAAGGAAGCUACUACACAAAUUGGUAUUGUUCGUGAUGCUUUGUAUGAGUUAUACAGGAUCUAUUUGGAUAAACAUACAACAGCUUCAAACCAAUUAAUGGAAAAUGAUUCUCAAGCAAGGAAUACUUCUGUGCAAGGUGUUACUACUGUUUGGAAAGGGAAGGGACCGGCUGUUGAAACUGGGAGAUCAAAAUUUGAGAAAUUUGUGAGAAAUGUUGAUACUGUCCAACAUGUGAAGUCUGAAUUGGAUACUUAUUUACAGGAGGGUGUAUAUAUUUGUGAAGGGGAUUCGGUUGAAUUUAAUGCAUUGGAUUGGUGGAAGUCAAUGAACUUGAAGUUUAGAGUAUUAUCCAAAAUGGCAUGUGAAAUCUUAUCAAUUCCAAUCACAACGGUUGCUUCAGAGUCAACAUUUAGUGCUGGUGGUAGGGUUAUUGAUACAUAUCGGGCAUCUUUGGGGACCGAUACUGUCCAAAUGCUACUUUGUGGAAGUGACUGGUUGCGUAACUUAUAUGAUAUGAAAAGAAAACCAAAAUUUACUGAAGAUGUGAAGACUAUAUCACUGGAAUGAACUUGGAGUUAAGGUAUUAAGCUUUUGGGAU